UCAUUCCCUUGGCAUCCCUCACUGAGGGAGAGAACUUGAUGACAGCGCUCAGUCCCAGGUGGGCUCAGCUUCCCUGACCCAUCUGCUCUCCCUUUCCACCUCCGAGCCCUAGAGGGGAAGGGACAGAAUGUAUCACUCGGCUUUGCAAACCUGGCAGCUAGCAUUGCUUUUGACAAAAGCAAUUGGCAAAAGAAACAAGAAAGAAAUACUUGAGGGUGACACUGAGGAAGAAACAAAACAAAGAAGGGGGCGAGGACGAUUUUUACCUCAUGAUGCAAAUCACUUUAGAAAACGAGAAUGAGAGGCUUCAGUGAAAAGCAGGUAGCCUCACAUACUUUCUAGACUUCUCCCUAGUGCUGUGUCUUCUCUCCUCUCUUUCAAAGCCAAAAGCAUUUUGCAACCAUCUAAAAUUAUUACAAGGAAGACUCUAAUCUGGUUCCUUCCGUAAAUGGGGCAGUGGGAAGGGGAAGGUGCAGGAGGACCACCAUGGUCCCCUGGAAUCACACCAGGAUGGUGCCACUGGCUCUGGAGAUGGGGCCAAUGCAAAGACUAUGUCUCCUUCCCAGCAAACAGUUAGCUCCUCUGCAGGUGUCACUCGUGUCCUAAGAUUCAAAGGCAGUGCAGUGAAUGUGUAAAUCCAGGAGCUCUUGAGUCCAACCUGGCUUUCCCUUCCUCUUCAUCCAUUCAGUGACCACUGGAUGCCUGUUCUUCGGUUCACAUCUCUUCACUGGGGAGGCUCAUAGCACCUACUUCAUAGGUCAUUGCGAGGAUGGAAUAAAUGAAUGUAUGUAAAGCACUUAGCCUGGUGCCUGGCAAGGAUCCAGUUCAUCUUAGCUGCAAAUUUGGUACUUCUUGAAAAAUAAAGUGAUGAAAAAAAGGAUAUUGGGGUGAACAUAUGUAAAUGUGGAGGGAAGAAAGGAUCAUUAUGUUUAUUAUCAUCAUUCAUUGAAAUUCCUGAUGGUGAAGAGGCUAUGAUAAUUUCUGGAAGUUGCAGGUAGUUCAUGCCCUGCCUCCCUCCUACAGUUUUAGAGGGGAAUCAGUGGUCUGGAAUUUCUGCCCCAUCAUUUCUUGUAUGCUAACUUACCUAUCUGUCAGUGCCUAUUCUUUCCUGUUUGUUUCAUUCAUCAUGAAAGGUGAUGGCUGUUUAUUGUGCAUAGAAGAACCAUGUCCUCAUAAUCCUUGAUCUCUAAAGUCUUACUUUUUUUUUUUUUUUUAACGCUUCUGACUCUAUUAACCCCCUUCUCAGACAUCGGACAGAGAGGUGCAACCUAACAACAAAUGUGCUUUACCCUCUCCUUGAUCCAAAUCUUCAGGUUAUUCGUGUGUCCCUACUACCAUUUCAGAGACACCACGCAGCGAUUUUCCUGGGAACUAUGCUUUAAGUUACAAACACCAGUCCUGAAGGAACAGUUCAGCAAGAGCCAGUUAAUUUCAAGACAAAUAAAACCACAACUCCCUGUAAUGCCUGAAGGCACGGCUUGAGCAGUUUCCCUGCAUGGAGUGAAUUUUUAAAAACGCAGAGAUCUUUCUCCUCUUGCUAAUCUACCACUAAGGACCCAGGAGGGCAGCACUGGGUUAGGAUGGGGUUUCUGUGCCAAGUUCCGCAGAGCCUCUUUGGAGACAGACGAUCGGCCAGGAGGCUUGUUCUGCUCUUCCAAGUGCGCGAGCUUCGCGCGUUGUUUCACCAGGUAGCAAAAGUGCGCGUGAAAACUGACACUGAGCCUGAAGAAACCGAAUCCUAAGCAGAACUCCUCGGCUGUAACCUACUAGCGGAGAGAGAGCGAGCAACAGAGCCUCCUUGGGGUUCUUGGAGAGUUGGUCCUGGAUCUUAACCAUCCGGAAUCAGGGCUUAUUUCCAAGCUCCUUUCAAACAAUUUAAUUAUCUCUGGGAAGAAAUCAUAUUUAUCUUCAAGCCGGAAACAUUCUCAUUCCUAGAAAAGCCACGCGUCCUUAUCUUUCAUGCCUGGUGACAAUUUCUAACAUCUUUUUAGUUGAGAAACCUACGCCGGGUCUCCUCGCGGUUCCGACUCUCCCCGCGCUCCGUACCAGCGCAUCUCUUUGCCGCCGCAUCGCCUCUGCCGGAUCCAACUCGGUCAACUCGUCCCGGAGACUCCAGCAGGGCUGGCCUCCGGGGUAGCCGAUUGCAGCAGCCGGGGGCGACCCUGGCCCCGAGAACCCGGAGCCCCACGCCCAGGGCCGGCCGCCGGGACGCGCCCGCGCCGGCAGCCCGUCUCGGAGCUCGGCCUGGCGCUGCGCUCGGCUUCUCGCCUCCGGGAUCGUCUUCCACCGAGAGGUCUCAACUCCCACCCUCUCCACCUCCGGGCAUCAAAGUCAAACCCGGUCCCCUGCUUCGUACAUCCCUGGACCACCUUCCCAACAUCCAGCACAGCCCCGGGCCAGAAAGCCGCGCCCGGGUCUCCCCAGUUCCAACCGCGCCGAGGGUCUCCCGCACCAGCCGUCGCCCCAGUUCAUGCUCAUUCAUAUUCAUUCUCUUUCUCUUUCUCUCUUCCUCUCUCCAGACUCCUAACUAGACAGGCCGAUCCUCCCCCCGCCACUCCCUUUCAUUCAUCCCCCUCCGCCACACACACACGCACACACACACACACACACGAGCGCGCGCGCACAGACACACACACAAGCACACACCGACAUACACACGCGCGCACACACAGCCCACUCCACUUUUCAGACGCCCACUCCCCCACACACUCUCCCCUCCCCUAAACAUACUUCCACCCACUCACCAUCUGUAGCCUCCCUCCCUCCGGUCCGCCCCCUCCCCGCCUGCCCGAUUCCCCCUCCCCAAGAAGCAGACCUGCCCCGCGGGCCUCAGGGACCCCAGCCAGACGCUCGGGCUGUGCGCGCCGCACUGACCUCUGCCCGCCCGGGAAACUAACAAAGGCGGCGCGCGAGCCCGGCCCCGGGAGCGGAGAGCGGCGGCCGCGGGGCGCGUGAGCCGGGGCCGGGCGGGCGAGCGCCGGGAGGGGGCCGCUCAGGAGUCGGGAGGCGGCGGCGCCGGACGACGCGGACCUCAGGCGGCGCGCGCCGCUCGGACGCCGCGGGCAUCAUGGGCUGCUGCACCGGGCGCUGCUCGCUCAUCGGCCUCUGCGCGCUGCAGCUGCUCUCAGCAUUAGAGAGGCAGAUCUUUGACUUCCUUGGCUUCCAGUGGGCGCCCAUUCUUGGCAAUUUUCUGCAUAUAAUUGUCGUCAUAUUGGGUUUGUUUGGAACCAUUCAGUACAGACCUCGAUAUAUUGUGGUGUAUACAGUAUGGACUGCCCUCUGGGUCACCUGGAAUGUGUUUAUUAUCUGCUUCUAUUUGGAAGUAGGUGGGCUCUCUAAGGAUACAGACCUAAUGACAUUCAACAUCUCUGUGCACCGGUCCUGGUGGCGGGAACAUGGGCCUGGCUGUGUCCGAAGAGUACUGCCCCCGUCAGCCCACGGCAUGACAGACGAUUACACGUAUGUCUCUGUCACCGGCUGCAUUGUUGACUUCCAGUACCUGGAGGUCAUCCACAGUGCCGUCCAAAUCCUACUCUCUUUGGUUGGUUUCGUGUAUGCCUGUUAUGUGAUCAGUAUUUUCAUGGAAGAAGAGGAUACCUUUGAUUUCAUAGGUGGACUUGAUGCACACUCCUACUGCCAGGAUCAUGUUACGUUAAAGCCUGUUCAUCUGUCGAAAUAAGUAACGACACUGACUCUGAAACGCAGCUGCCGAAUUUGACUUAGGAAGCAAAGCACCACUGACAGCACUCUCUGCAUCAACACGUCUCACUUACUUCCAGAGGGUGGACCGCACCUCCCCGCUUUUCCACGAGUCACGGAGUCCUCCGGGCACAGCCUACGUAUUAUUAGCCUUGUUCGCUAGAUGAGUUGUAGGUGCUUGGGUGGGUAUUUUUUUAGUCGUUUCCUUCUUAUAUGAAGACUUGUAAAUUGUACCUCCAAAACCGGCUUUUAAUUUUUUAACAAUAUUUAAUGUGAGGCAUGCGACAUGAGAAAAAACAUUCUGUGAAAACCUUCCACAGUCAAUUCUAAGAGAAAUGUGGGUUUGUAUAGUUGAGGUGUCAGGUCCCCAUUGCUGCCUGCGGUGACCCCAGACCUGAAGAGUUCACGUGGUAGACGUCACCUGGGGUUUCUCAGCAGCAAGUUAGAUGCCAUGACAGCUGAUAAAUGGGUACAGAGAGUGGAUCAGGCUUUCAGACUGCGUAUGGAUCAAUUGUUCACCACCACCAGACAAAACAGGGAGUCCUCCUUUGUUCUCAACUUUCCAAAACCCAGAAUAAUAGUAUGGUAAUCUAAAUGUUCAGAUGGUGAAUGACAUCUUGUUCUUCCUGCGU